AUGACUCUGCUAUAUGUGUCACUUCUGAAUCAAAAUAACCAUCCACAUCAUAUAAAUAAGGAUCAAAAAGUUGCAACAUAUUUUAUCUAUGUAACUUACAUUGAAAGGAAGAAUUACCUAAGGAUCAAAAAGUUUUUGAAGGACUAUAAAGCUCUUAAGCCGGCUAGAUAUACUUACGCGGACAUAAAAAGAAUUACAAAUCAUUUUAAGGAAGAACUGGGGCAGGGAGCUUUUGGAUCUGUCUUCAAAGGAAAGCUAUCAAACGAAGUUCAUGUAGCUGUGAAGGUCCUAAACACUUCAACAGGAAAUGGCCAAGAGUUCAUCAAUGAGAUGGAAGCAAUGUGUCAGAUUCAUCACAUCAACGUCGCUCGCUUGGUUGGCUUUUGUGCAGACGGAAACAAACGAGCUCUGGUGUAUGAAUUUUUACCAAAAGGUUCCUUGCAGAAAUUCAUAUCGUCUGCAGACACUAAGGAUGUCUUUUUAGGUUGGGAAAGACUACAAAACAUUUCUCUUGGUAUAGCUAACGGAAUUGAGUAUCUUCACCAAGGCUGUGAUAAACGAAUUCUCCAUUUCGAUAUCAAACCCCAUAAUGUAUUGCUAGACAAUAAUUUCACACCCAAAAUUUCUGAUUUUGGUUUGGCCAAACUUUGUUCCAAGGAAAGAAGUAUUGUGUCAAUGACCACGGCUAGGGGAACUAUGGGCUACAUUGCGCCAGAGGUAUUUUCUAGGAACUUUGGCAAUGUUUCCUAUAAGUCAGAUGUUUAUAGUUUUGGGAUGGUGCUUCUUGAAAUGGUUGGAGGAAGGAAAAUAACCGAUGACACCGAAGAAAAUAGCAGUCAUGUUCACUAUCCACAAUGGAUUUAUAAUCUUUUAGAGAAUGAGGAAGAUAUAAAAAUCCAUAUAGAAGGAGAAGAAGACGCUAGAAUUGCAAAGAAGCUAUCAGUUGUGGGACUUUGGUGCAUUCAGUGGCACCCAGCGAAUCGACCAACCAUGAAGGCUGUGGUUCAAAUGCUGGAAGGAAAUGGUGAGAAGUUAGAGAUGCCUCCUAAUCCUUUUGCUUCUGCAUCUGCAACUAGAACGAAUGCUGCUAGGCGUCUGAACUUGGAACUAGAUGUCAUCUCAGAAAUAGAAUGA